AUGACGAGCUCCCGGACGAACCUACAGAUGACCCGUUUGACGCGCCAAACCCAUCUGGCUCUUUUAGAGUGGCACUUGGAAGAAGUGUUGCAGCUGCAGAAAUCCGAGCGAAGGAAGCUGAAUCAUUAUUUGGUAGUAUCGCCUCCAAGUUGGACAAUCAUUGGGCCGCACAUAGUCACAACUCACUCACUGUUUAUCAACGUUUGGCCCUCAAAAACUUCUGUGAAGAUCUAG